UAUUCUAUCUUUGUUUUUCAUCUAACGAGCGAUAAGGAUAGAAUGAUGCUGUUAACGCGAAAACGUGCGUUCCCCUCAGUUCUAAAGUGACAAAGUCGAAACGUUAAAAGUGUGCAUGGGAGGAACAAAAUUAGAUGCUUCGAAAUCAGUUGCUUUUUAAAAUUUAAUAUAUGACUUGUACGAUUAAAUAAAUUGACAUAUUUAGGCACAAAGCUGUAGGAUCAUCACAACGCUAUUUUUUUUCGUUAAUUUGCGUAUUGUGUUCGGGGACGCGAUCACAACACGCUGCUCGCACGCACUCCUGGCCAUUUUCUGCUGGUAGUAUCGUAUUUCUUAAUUUUUAUUUGCCAAUCGUCGGACGAUUAUAGACAAAAGCGUAAAAAUGAGUGACGAUGACCGUGAAAUCGAUAUCGAAAGUGACGAUGGCGACGACUUAGACCCUAAACUGAAACACUCGGGUAACUCACCGUAUUAUUCUCAGGUGAGAAUACCUGAGGCAGAAAAACGUGCUCAUCAUAAUGCGUUAGAAAGAAAACGCAGAGACCAUAUCAAAGACAGUUUCUCAAGUCUCAGAGAUGUUGUACCAGCUUUACAAGGAGAAAAAGUUGCAAGCAGGGCACAAAUUCUGAAGAAAGCAGCUGAAUAUAUUCAAUAUUUGAAACGAACAAAUCUUUCUAUUCAGCAAGAUAUUGAAGACCUUGAAAGACAGAAUUCAUUUUGUGAGGAAAAAAUUCGUAUGUUAGAAAAGACCAAGGCAUCUAUGACAUCCGGGGAGACGCGCGAAGUUGUGAAAUCUGAAGUAAGUAUACAUGUCUACGACACUGAAUCAGAGUCCUCCGAGUCUUACAGCGAAGUAAGACAGAAAAAUCGCAAAUCGAAGAAGCUGAAAGUUACUGGAGAAUAGUGACAACACGUUUGUGUUGUCUACUUUUUCCUUUAUUUGUUUAGUAUAUAAAUGUUCUAUCAUACAUUGUUGUAAGUUAUAAAUUGUGUGUACAAGAUGUGUAUAGAUAUAUAUAUGUAUAAAUAUAUGUAUACACUUAUAUACAUAUAUAUAUAUGUAUAUUAUAUAUCUAUAUUAUAUAGAUAUUUAUUUAAGCGAUUAGACUUCGUCCUAUAAUAUACAUUUAACAUAGUAAAAUUCCGCAAAUGGAAGAUGUUAACGUGACUGGCAGAAAGCGAGCGAAUUGUGUAAGAGAUUUGUAUUUGCAGUUGUCUGUAAAAUGAAUGUGUGUAGGUUUUAUUUGGAUUUUUUACGACGUAAAGUCUACUAUAUUCUAUGUGUUGUUAUUAAUUCUAUAUUCUAUAUUGUUAAUUUUAUUAUCAUUAAGAACGCCCUUGCAUCUGCACACAAUUUAGAAAAUACUUUGCAUUACGUGGUGCACAGUUAAUGUAUAUAAAUAUUAAUGUAUAUGAUUAUUAAACAACAAUAACGUUACAUCAAUAUGCAGUGUCUUUUUAAGUGUGAUUAUAUUUCGAACUAUAUAUUUGUCACGCUAACAAAACUCGAAAUAUCUCAAUUUAAACAGUUUUGAAGGAAACACUUCUAAACUUUAUUUAAAAAAAAAAAAAAAACUUACUGUAUAAGAAUUUAA